UCACAACUCAAUAUCCCUCUGUAAGUUUAGCAGCUGAAUUUCUCAUCCCCUGCAUUCGCACUUGUUCAAGAAAGUUACUCAACACAAAUGGCAUCCAUGGAUUUCGACUUAUCUCCGAGGUUAGCCCAACAGUUAUUUGAUGGAGAAGCUGGAUCUUACCACAGCUGGUCAAGUUCUGAGUUUCCGUUGCUAGCAGAGGAAAAGGUUGGUGCAGGAAGACUUGUCCUUCAGCCUCGUGGUUUUGCUCUUCCCCAUUAUGCCGAUUCCUCUAAACUUGGCUAUGUUCUGCAAGGUAGUGAUGGAAUAGUGGGAAUGGUGCUCCCAAACUCGUCAGAAGAGGUGGUGUUAAGACUCAAGAAAGGAGACGUGAUACCGUUGCCUCUUGGAGCAUUGUCUUGGUGGUACAACAAUGGAGAUCACUCAGAAGAAGUCGUUGUAGUUUUCUUAGGGCAAACUUCCAAGGCACACAUCCCUGGCGAAUUCACCUACUUCUUCUUGAGUGGAGGCCAAGGUAUCAUGGGAGGGUUCUCGACAGAAUUCAUUAGCAGAGCUUAUAAGAUGAACGAAAAGGAAGCGAACAAGCUUGCUAAAAGCCAGACUGGGAUUUUGCUCAUUAAGCUAGAGCCUGGAAUAAGCAUGCCCCACCCUAACACGGAAAUUGUUGAAAAAAUGGUGUACAACAUUGAUGCUGCUUUGGCUGACGUUGAUGUCAGAGGGGGUGGUGUGUUUAAGGCAUUGACAGCAGCUAGAUUUCCUUUUCUUGAAGAAGCAGGCCUAAGUGUUAACCAUGUGAAAUUGGAAGCUAAUGCCAUGUACUCGCCAUCAUACACCGCCGACGGCACAUUUCAAGUUUUUUAUGUUGCCAGGGGCACCGGCCGCGUCCAGGUUGUGGGGAUUGGUGGUAAGCGUGUCCUGGACACCAAAAUACAGGCUGGUCAAUUACUUGUUGUGCCAAGAUUCUUCGUGGUUGCUCAGAUUGCUGACAGUGAAGGAAUGGAGUUUGUUUCCAUUCUCCCUGGUACAAGCCCCGGCGUUGAACAGUUUUCGAGCAAGAAAUCAGUGUGGAAUGCUUUAUCUCCAAUAGUUUCACAAGUUGCUCUAAGCGUGACUCCAGAGUUUGAGGAAUUUUUCAAGUCCAAUAUGCAGAAGACCACUAUUUUUAUCCCGCCCACCAAUUAAAUCUGAAAAAUUAAUAUUAAUGUCUGUGUAUGAUCAUCUCCUCUUUCGGUCGAUCAGGUUGUAAUGAAUAAUAUGUUGAGGUGUUAGAUAGCACAUCAGCAAUUGUGGGAGCCAUAUGAAAGAAUAUUGAUGAUAUUUGAGAAUAUUAAUUAUGACUUCUGAGGAUUGCACUAGAACAGUCUCUCAUUUAAUUA